CGUCCCCUUCCUCCCGGCGGUUCGGCGGAGCCAUGGCGCAGGCGGUGAACAUCACUGAGUUGACGCUGCCGCAGCUGGAGCUGCUCAAGGGACAGUUGGACCAGGAGGUAGAGUUCCUGUCGUCGUCCAUCGCCCAACUCAAGGUCGUCCAAACCAAGUACGUGGAGGCCAAGGACUGCCUGAGCGUACUGAACGCCGGCAACAACGGGAAAGAACUCCUCGUUCCGCUGACCAGCUCCAUGUACGUCCCGGGCCGACUGCAGGACGUGGGGCACGUGCUCAUCGACGUGGGGACGGGCUACUACGUGGAGAAGUCGGCGGGCGACGCCAAGGAUUUCUUCAAGAGGAAGAUCGACUUCCUCACCAAGCAGAUGGAGAAGAUCCAGCCCGCGCUCCAGGAGAAGCACACGAUGAAGCAGGCCGUCAUGGAGAUGAUGAGCCAGAAGAUCCAGCAGCUGACGGCGUUGGGAGCCACGCAGGCCGGCGCUGCCAAGGCCUGACCCCGGCCGCCCGAGGACGGGCAGGAAGAAGACGCGGGCCGGGGGGAUGAGGGAGGAGUGGUCCUGGCCGGGUCAUUGUGUACAGACGGAAUAAAGGUGCCAGCUGCGCCGCC